GAUUACGAAACAAAUUCGGUGACAUCUCUCUGCAUAGUGGUCGACAUGGCGGCGGAGGGCGGGAGCAGGGAGGACAGGUGGACCCUGGCCGGCGCCACGGCGCUCGUCACAGGCGGCAGCAAAGGAAUUGGGUACGCCAUCGUGGAGGAGCUCGCCGGGUUCGGGGCGAGGGUGCACGCCUGCUCCCGGAACGCGGCGGAGCUGGAGCAGUGCCGCCGGCGGUGGGAGGAGAAGGGUCUGCAUGUCACCGUCUCCGCCUGCGACGUCUCCGUGCGCGCCGACAGGGAGGGGCUCAUGAGCACAGUCCGGCAGACCUUCAACGGCAAGCUGGACAUACUAGUGAACAACGCGGGGCAACUGCUGGUGAAGCCCACCGUGGAGUGCACGGCGGACGAGUACUCCAAGGUGAUGGCUACCAACCUGGAGUCGAGCUUCCAUCUCUGCCAACUCGCGCGCCCUCUUCUGGUACACGCCGGAGGAGGCAGCAUCAUCAACAUGUCCUCCAUUGGAGGCUCCAUCGGUUUUGUUGGCUCCGCAAUCUACGCUAUCACAAAAGGUGCAAUGAACCAGCUUACUAGGAGUUUGGCCGCCGAGUGGGCUCCCAACAAGAUCCGUGUGAAUGGCGUGGCCCCAGGAUUUAUCACAACCGAUAUGAUCAAAGAUAUGGACACAGAGUCCUUGGAGCGGGAGCACUCAAAGACCCCAUUACUGCGGAGCGGCAAGCCGGUGGAGAUCGCCUCGGCGGUGGCAUUCCUAUGUAUGCCGGCAGCUUCCUUCAUCACCGGCCAGGUCAUUUGUGUCGAUGGCGGUCGAACUAUUAGCGCUUAAUUAGCCAGCACCACCACUGCAUAAGUUACUCGGCGAAUAGUUAAGGAGAGUGUGGGAGAGUCAAACAAAAAUUAGUGAAUAGAUAAAUAAAUUAGCGAUGCCAACUAGUGUCAUCAUGUACAAUAAGUAUAUGUCAGUAUGUAGUGUGGAUUUCUACAAAGUUUCUGUAUUUGACAUAUUUUUAAUGGUUGCUGGUUUUACACUGUAGAUGGAUGGGGCACUAUUGUUCUGUUAGUACUGGAAAAUACAUAGUGGUAUUCUAGUGA